AUGGCACAGACGUCGAGCCACUUAAUUGUCGUGUUGGCCACGAUUUCCGCUUUGGGGAUUCAAGCACUUGCGAAAUCGACAUCGUACACAGGGUUUUCGAGCGCAACCACCGGCAGUACCGUCUCAGCUUCCAGCCCCGAUGGGAUUUCCAUAAAAUACAAAACCCCACUUCCUGGGACGUGUGAAACCGCUUUCGAAGACCAAAAACAAUAUACCGGCUAUGUAAGCCUCCCCCCGUCAACACUGGGCUUGAUCAAGCAAAAUUGCUCUAUCAACACGUUCUUCUGGCUUGUGGAGUCAAGGAUCAAUCCUGAAAAAGCACCGCUCACAGUCUAUCUUAAUGGUGGACCUGGGAGCACGAGUCUAGUCGGAUUGUUUCAAGAGACUGGGCCAUGCGAGGUCAUUGAAAUUGCAAAGGAUAGACUUGGAACCCGUGCAAGAGAAUGGGGUUGGGAUAGGGGCUCUAACAUGCUAUACAUUGAUCAGCCUGUUCAGUCAGGUUUCUCCUUUGACUCGCUACGGGAGGGCUCUCUGAAUUUGAUCGACUCGUCAUAUACUUUCCCUCCUUCCGAUCCGCCGCAGGGACAGCCUAGGGAUACUUGGCUGAAGGUGGUAACUAGCUCAAAUGACGUGCAAGUUACAACGAAUACCACUUCAACGGCAGCCAAAGCUAUGUGGCAUGUUCUACAGUCUAUCUUGACAGAAUUCCCUCAGUAUUACAUAGGCACCCAGAAAUUGACCCGCAGGAGAAAACCUCAAUCGGCUUCAAUUAAUUUAUUUGCAGAGAGCUACGGAGGCAAAUACGCUCCUAGUUUUGUCACCCACUUUGAGGAGCAGAAUAGGCGCAGAAGGCGAGGAGAAAUAUCAGCCUCAGAAACACUGGAAAUAAACGUUAGGUCUAUUGGGAUUAUGCAAGGUUGCAUCGAUGAUCUGGUUCAAAAUCCCUAUUAUCCGGCUUUUGCAUAUAAUAAUAGCUAUGGGAUCAACGCUACAAGCUCAGAAGAUAAGAAUGCCUUUCUUGAGAAUUUUUCCAGAGCAGGCGGCUGCCGAGAUAAAACCAUCGCUUGCCGCGAAGAGAUUCAAACCUCCGACCCAGAAAAUACCGGCGGUGUGGGAGUUGUUAAUCAAAAGUGCCUUGACGCACUUUCAAGUUGUUUGGCUGAGACCCCUAAUUUAUAUACAAAGAUAGGGCGAAGUGGGCACGACAUCACACAGAGCAACCUCGAUCCAUUUCCUCCUCACACAUACCUUGAGUACCUCAAUUCAGACCAAGUGCAGAAGUCCAUUGGCGUCUCAAUGAAUAUUACAGAUUACAGCUCAAUAAUUUCUUCGGCAUUUCUCAAUACAGCAGACUUUGAUCGAGGGGAUUAUAUCUCGGAUCUAGCCAAGCUUCUGGACAGCGGGAUACGGAUUGCCCUCAUAUACGGAGACAGAGACUAUCUGUGUAACUGGAUGGGCGGCCAGGCUGCUUCAUUCUCGAUUGCAGCGUCAUCUUCUUCGCCAUCCUCAUACCUGAGCGGUUUUAACGCCGCAGGCUAUGCACCCCUAAUUACCAACGAUACAUACAUUGGCGGUAUGGUUCGACAAUUCGGUAACUUAUCGUUCACUCGAAUUUACGACGCUGGCCACUUGAUACCCGCUUACCAGCCGGAGACACUGUUCACGAUCUUCUCUCGCAUUAUCCAAGGACACACUGAUAUAUCGACUGGCCAACCAGUAGAUAUAACUUCUUUCGGCACCAAGGGCGAUGCGAACUCCACAGCAACUAAUUCCGCACCACCAAUGGCCAAGCCAACAUGCUACGUUCGAAAGGUCAAAGACACCUGCUCACCAGAGCAGAUAGCGAAAUUGGCACGAGGUGAAGGAGCUGUUGUAAAUGGAGUGUGGUAUGAGUCCGAGUCUGAUUGGAAGAAACCACCCGCUACCAAGAAAGGCUGGCAACAGGAUGCUUCUAAAACCGUACGAGAUGGGACUGUAGCGCAUGCGUUUAUUGCUAUCACCACGCCGUCGAUGGUCGGGCAGCGUUCAGUAAAUUCUUCGCAUGACAAGAAAUCGGAUGCUGCAAGGAUCGUACCACGUUGGUGGCUAUAUGGAAUACUCAUAGGUGUAAGCGUGAUUAUAUUGAGAGCCUAG